AUGGCUUCAACGAAUCCCUUCUGGUCAAUCGCCGCUCCUCUGGGAGUACAGCUGCCGCAUGCACUAUCCAGCCGACUGAGCGACAGUCUGUCUCAGAGCGACCAUACACUCCUGCCAUCUAGCGAGGAUGUCGCCAGCUACACCCAAGCGACACCGGACUCGACAUGGUCACAGGCAUCGAGAUUUACUUACGACAGAUCCAAGGGUGGGAAAGUAACCAGUUUAGAUGACGAAUCUUCUGGCCAAGCUCGCAAUUGGCCUUUGACCGAGAAGUACUACUCCACUCCUCCGGCAGACCACGAUCUUAGGUGCCCGAAAUGGACACUGUGGAAGACGAUCCUUUUGCCGACCUCGAUCGUUAUCCUGCCGAUGGCUUGCCUUGUCGCAGGGCUAUUGGCCCUGAUCUUCGGUUACAGAGUCAGAUCCGAGGAGAGCCUCUUCGAGGAAGUCUCCAACUCUCGCACCUUGAGCAAUCAUGCUGUCGUCCUGGUCAACUAUUCGGCAACGCGAAUAGCAUUCGUCGCUUCCUGGGCGUCGACACUGGCGCCUUUGCUGGCUGGCUUCAUCAUGAGUCUCACAAGCUUCAAAUACGCACUCGUCAUGUAUCAGUCCUCGAGCGGCGGCCACCAACAAGACCUCCCGACGCCAUACCAGUACAGCAUUCUGGUCGGGCUUUGCCUAGCAUCAAUGGGGAGGUUGGGGAGGUAUCUUUCCUACUCCCGAGGAGAUGGUGUCGUCGUUCCACCAGUCUUACGUCGUGCCGCACGCACUCUGGCUUUGACGUUGCUCUUGGCCUGCGUUGUCUUCGGUGCUGAUACAGCCCUGCAUUACACGACCUCGACCAUCAAUUUCGACCAAGUGUCCAUCUCUCAGGAGAACCAUGCCUACGGAUAUGGCUUGUCGUCAGAAUGUCUCGCACUCAACCGUACGGAGAACUUUGGACUGCCCUGUACCCGGAACGGCGUCAUCGGCGCCACGGACUACGACGCGUAUGUGGCAGGUCAGAACGAAAUCUUCUACCUUCAGCGCGGCACAUCCAAUCUGAGUGAGAUUCGCCUCGUUUCCCCGCCCUCCUCCAUGCCAUCGAACACCACGUCCGGAGUCGCCGCGAAGGUCGCGCUUUUGACACCGCAGACUGCCAAUCUUUCUCCCUUCCGCGACUUCCAAGCCCUUACCGCGGGCGUCGUGACGACGUGCGAACCCAUCAGUUCCCAGUGCACCUGGACCUCUGAAGGCCCGGGUGAAUACUGGAGCUCCUUCAACUGCAGCAAAAAUUUCUGGGGCGUAUUAGGCAAAGCCCCCAACCUCACUGACAAAGGUAUGCUUGAUGGUGACAGCUCUGUUCCUCCACUCGGCUUCAAACCCGGAGCCGCGCUUCAGUACUCCUUCUUCAUGGACAAAGAACUAGCCACGCCGUACGACUCCGCGGGCAACCUCGGUCCAUUCAUGCCCGAUUCCCAACUCAUCAACCCCGUGUAUUUCGGCGUGGCGGCCCGAUUUCAAGAUACAGCCCAGCGUGCCGGCGUCGACAUGUCCUCCGACCCAGGCAUUUAUCGCGGCCCGACUCGCUAUCUUGACUUCACGCUCCGCUGCAGCUACACGACCUACCUCGUGGACUAUGCCUGGGUGAAUUCGACUGUCAAGGUCCGCACGCUCACGCCAUCGCCCAACGGCACCAUGGCGGAGAUGUUCCACGGGUACAACAUCCUCGGCGCAAGUGAUAGCUUCGACAACAAUCUGCAGGAUUUUAUCCUCGAGGCCGCGCUGCAACCCACUGCACAGGCGUUGGCCGACAGUUUCGCCAACAGCUACUCCUCCCGCAUCAUGUCUGUCGUUGGACCGUUUCUCUCCAACCGGGCGAAUGUGCAGGAACAGAUGCGUACACCGCUGCUGGUGGCCAAGGUGCUGAAGAUCCCCCUCGCCAUCCUUGUCGCAGGGUGUUGCUGCUAUAUCAUCUUUGGGUGCGUCUGUGCCGUGGUUGCAUACCGCGCGCUGAGGACGGUGGAUGUGCGGGAUCUUGCGUUUCGGUUCUCCUUGCCAGCGCUGGGACUGCACGCUUUUAGGGACGUCAGCGUGGAGAGAGGGGCCGUGGACGUGGAUGUGGGUGGGACUGCAGAGGACAACCAUCGAGUGUUUGAUGAGACCAAGAUUAGAGGCGAGACCAUGAGGGUGGCGGUCGAGGGGAAUCCAAUGAGUGGGUUUGUUCUGACGAGUCUGGUUUAG